AUGGCAGACUUUGAAUUGACCAGUAAAACCUGCUUUUGCACGGGAAAAUGGGAGUACACAAUCAGCUACACAGUCCAAGGAAAUCCCGAUGGUCCUCCUUUGAUAUUCAUCCACGGCACACCCUGGUCCUCACGAGUUUGGGUCCCCUUUGCGCGAACGUUCGCAUCUUCUUUCAAAAUUUAUCUUUUCGAUAAUCCUGGCUUCGGUCAAUCGCCCGGUGGUGUUGCAAUAUCUUCAGUAGACCGCAAGGACCUUGAUGCAUCACUGGCAGGCCAAGCCGAAGCAUUUGCCCUUUUGUUGAAGCGAUGGAAGCUCUCCGAGCAUCCCCAUGUCAUUGCUCACGACAGUGGUGGAUUGAUAGCCCUCCGGGCAAGCCUGAACCAUGGUGCGGAGUACGCCAGUUUGUGUUUGGUGGAUGUCGUUGCUGUCAGCCCCUUUGGUUCAACAUUUUUCAAGCUUGUUGCUGCGAACCACGAUGUAUUCAACGCCAUUCCACAAAAGUUGAUGAAUGGCUUGACUCGGGCGUAUAUUCAAGGGGCGGCUUUCAAACCGCUUCCCUCAGGGGUAGAGGAUAUGCUACUUCUCCCAUGGACUUCAUGUGGAGUGCAGGGAAAAGCUGGGUUUUUAAGGCAGAUGAGACAAGCUGAUCAGCGACAUGCUGCAGAUGUAGAGCCAAGAUAUGGUGAAAUUGGCAAGAAGAUGCCUGUGAAGAUAAUAUGGGGCAAGGAAGAUGCCUGGAUUCCUGUGGAUCGAGCCAAAAGGUUAGCGCACAAGAUUGGUACCGACCAAAUGGUUAUUCUUGAGGACGCUGGCCAUCUGAUACAUUAUGACCAACCAGCGCGAUUGGCCCAUGAGCUGGAUUUGUGGCUUUCGAAGGUGACUGCAAGUCCUUAG